AUGGAUUAGGAUCAUGAUUAUUCUUUUGAACAUUUAUAAGAAUUAGCAAAAUAAAAAAAUAUAUCUUAUGUAUUAAAAAGAGAUGGAGGAAAAUAAAAUAUUGAUAUUUAAAAAAUAGCAGAGAGAUUAUAAAAUUUAGCAUCAAAUCUUCAGCAUAUAAAUAUAAACUUAAUAAUGUGGAAAGUUAUUUAAGGAAUGUAUGAAGGUAUUAAAAAUUUUAGAAAAUAUUUUAGGAAUAACAACUGUAUAAUUAGAUAAUUUGGCGGCAGAAACAUGUGCUUACAUGAAUUUAGUUCAUCCAUAAUAUUCAUUAUUAGCUGCAAGAAUAGCAGUCAAUAAUCUUCAUAAGGAAACAAGUGAAUCAUUUAGUGAAGUAGCUAAAAAAUUACAUUCAUUUACAGUAAAUUUUAGUUGUAUUUUUGUAGGAUAAAUACGGUAGACCAGCUCCUUUGAUAGCCGAUGAUGUUUACCAUAUAAUAAUGGAGAAUAAAGAUAGAAUUCAAAAAGAGAUAAAUUAUGAAAGAGAUUAUCAAUAUGACUUUUUUGGUUUUAAAACUUUAGAAAGAAGUUAUUUACUGAAGGAAGGUAAAAGACCAAUAGAGAGACCAUAAUAAUUAUUAAUGAGAGUAAGUAUUGGGAUCCAUAAAAAAGAUUUGGAAUCAGCUUUUUAGACAUAUCAUUUAAUGUCAUAAAAAUAUUUUACUCAUGCUACACCAACAUUAUUUAACAGUGGAACUCCUUUUCCUUAGAUGUCUUCAUGUUUUUUAUUAGAUAUGGUAGAUGAUUCAAUAGAGGGAAUAUAUGAAACAUUAAAGAGAUGUGCUUUGAUAAGUAAAUCAGCAGGUGGAAUAGGAUUGAGUGUAUCAAAGAUUAGAUCUUAAGAUAGUUAUAUCAGAGGAACAAAUGGAAUAAGUAAUGGAUUAGUACCAAUGUUAAAAGUAUUUAAUGAUACAGCUAGAUAUGUUGAUUAAGGAGGUGGCAAAAGAAAAGGUUCUUUUGCUAUUUAUUUGGAACCAUGGCAUAGUGAUAUUAUAAGUUUUUUAUAAUUAAGAAAGAAUCAUGGAAUUGAAGAAUAAAGAGCAAGAGAUUUAUUUUUAGGUUUAUGGAUUCCAGAUCUAUUUAUGUAAAGAGUUAAAGAUGAUUCAGAUUGGACUUUAAUGUGUCCAAAUGAAUGUCCAGGUCUUUAAGAUUGUUAUGGAUAAGAAUUUAAUAAAUUAUAUACUGAAUAUGAAUCAAAAAAUAUGGGUAGACUUACAAUGAAAGCAAGAUAAUUAUGGUAAGAAAUUAUUGAUGCAUAAAUUUCAACAGGAUUACCAUAUAUGUUAUAUAAAGAUGCAUGUAAUUUAAAAAGUAAUUAAAAGAAUCUUGGUACUAUUAAAAGUAGUAAUCUAUGUACUGAAAUUAUAUAAUUUACAUCACCAGAUGAGAUUGCUGUCUGUAAUCUUGCUAGUAUUAAUUUGUAAAAGUUAAUCAAAGAAGAUAAAACUUUUGAUUUCUAAAAAUUAUUAGAUAUUACUAAAAUAAUUACAACAAAUUUAAAUAUAGUAAUUGAUUUGAACUUUUAUCCUGUUAAAUAAGCAGAAUACAGUAAUAAAAGAAAUAGACCUAUUGGAAUUGGUGUAUAGGGAUUUGCUGAUGCAUUAUAAAAAAUGAAAAUUCCAUUUGAUUCAGAAGAUGCUUUAGAAUUGAAUUCUUAAAUUUUUGAAACUAUUUAUUAUGGUGCUUGUCAAAGAUCAUUAGAAUUAGCAUAGUAAUUUGGACCUUAUGAAACUUUUACUGGUAGUCCAGCGUCAUAAGGAAUAUUGUAAUUUGAUAUGUGGGGUGUUAAUCCAUAAUUAUAUGAUUGGAAUACUCUUAAAUAAAAUAUUAUAAAAUAUGGAAUGAGAAAUUCAUUAUUAAUUGCACCUAUGCCAACAGCAUCAACAAGUUAAAUACUUUAAAAUAAUGAAUCAUUUGAACCAUAUACAACAAACAUAUAUACACGAAGAGUAUUAGCUGGAGAAUUUGUCUGUAUUAAUCCCCAUUUAGUUGAUGAUUUAAUUGAAUUAAAUUUAUGGACUCCAUAAAUCAAAAACAAAUUAAUCAUGAAUAAUGGAUCUGUUUAAAAUAUAGAAGAAAUUCCAAAUAAUAUCAAAUAGUUAUAUAAAACAGUUUGGGAAAUCUCAUAAAAAGCAAUUUUAAACUUGGCAACUUCCAGAGCUCCAUUUAUAGAUUAAAGUUAAUCUUUAAAUAUUCAUAUGGCUGAACCAACAAUGUCUAAAGUAACAUCUAUGCAUUUCUAUGCUUGGGAAAAGGGAUUGAAAACAGGUAUUCUAUUUAAUAAUCAUUAUUAUAGGAAUGUACUAUCUUAGAUCUCGACCUGCUGCAGAUCCAAUCAAAUUUACAGUCGAUGUUGAAGCUCUCUUAAAAGAGGGUGGAUAAAUAAAAAUUUAAUAAUAAUAAUCUAAAUAACAGUUGAUUGAUGAAAGUGCAUCUAAAAGAAUAGUUACAAAUGAAGGGAAAACAGUUAAGAAAGGUAAACCAUAAAUAAUUGUUACUGAAGAUGGGGAUGAAGUUGAAGUUUGCUUAAAUUGUGGCUCUUGA